AUGAGUGAGAAUAACAAUGAACAAAUGGAUGUUGGAACAGGUACAACAAGCAAUGAUAAUGUAACUGAUGUUGCUGAUACAGCACCUAUAACUAGUCCAAUUCCUGAACAAGAAGUUACAACUGAAAAUACAACAUCAAAUUUAAAAUUAACAAUAAAAACACCAAAAGAAAAAAAAGAUAUUACAAUUGAUGAAUCUUCUACUGUUAAACAAUUAAAAGAUAUUGUGGCUAAUGAAUUUAGUGCAUCAAUUGAACAAAUAUGUCUUAUAUAUUCGGGUAAAAUUCUUAAAGAUGAUGAAGAUCUUAAAAAGCAUGAUGUAAAAGAUGGUGUUACACUUCAUUUGGUUAUUCGAGCACCUAAAACAGAUUCAACAGCAGCAAAUACAUCUACUAAUGCAACAGCAACAACAACAACAGCUAGUGAUACACAAGCAUCUGCUAAUCGUCCGAAUACAGCACAGCCAAAUGCAGGUGGUUUUCCAUUUGGUCUUGGUUUAACACCUGGAAUGGGAAAUUUAAAUUUGGCUAAUACUAAUUUUCUUGAUAUGCAACAACAACUUCAACAACAAAUAAUGAGCAAUCCAGCACAACUUCGUCAGUUAAUGGAAAGUCCUAUGGUACAAAGUAUAACAAGUAAUCCAGAUUUAUUACGUUCAUUAUUACUUAGCAAUCCACAGAUGCGUGAUUUAAUGGAGCGCAAUCCUGAAAUAUCACAUUUACUUAAUAAUCCUGAUUUACUUCGACAAACAAUGGAAUAUGCUCGUAAUCCAACAGCAUUACAAGAACUUAUGCGUAAUCAUGAUCGAGCUUUAAGCAAUCUUGAAAGUAUUCCAGGUGGAUUUAAUGCUUUACAACGUAUUUAUCAUGAUGUGCAAGAACCAAUGUAUUCAGCAGCACAAGAACAAUUUGGCAAUAAUCCAUUUGCACAAUUAUUUGGUGGAAAUGGAGAAAAUACAUCUGCACCACGUACAGAAAAUACAGAUCCAUUACCAAAUCCCUGGGCACCUCGUGGUACUGCUGCAGCAACAGCUACUUCAACUAAUCGCCAACAACAACAAUCAACCAGUACAUCAAAUAAUCAACAACAACAACAACAAACACCAUCAGCAAUUCCAACUGGUGCUGCUGGUAGUUCACCCGGUUUAAUAUCUCCAAUGAUGCAAAAUUAUAUGUCGCAAUUAGUUCAAAAUCCUCGUUUACUUGAAAGUGUUCUUAAUGCACCAUAUAUGCAACCAUUAAUGGAUUCACUUGCUGCUAAUCCAGAUAUAUCAAGACAAAUGGUUGCUAAUAAUCCAAUGUUUGCUAAUAAUCCUGAAUUACGUGAACAAAUGAUAAAUGCUUUACCAGCUAUGAUGGAACAAAUGAGAAAUCCUGAAGUACAAGCAUUAAUGCAAAAUCGUGAAGCACUUGAAGCUAUCACACAAGUUCAAGAAGGACUUCAACGUUUACAUGCAGCAGCACCAAAUCUUUUCCAAGCUGGCGGUUUACCUGCUGGUCUUCGCUUUGGUCCAACUGGUUUAGCUUCACCAGCUGCUACUAGUAGUUCAACAAAUAAUGCUUCAUCUUCAUCUACAUCUUCAACAUCAACUGGUCAGGCUCCAUCAUCAACAAGACCUACUGGUGAUACAUCAUCAACUGAUUCAAGCAAUUAUGCAGGUGUAUUUGCUCAAAUGUUGAAUAUGAUGUCAAAUCAAAAUAUUAAUACACCACCAGAUCAACGUUAUGCUGUUCAAUUAGAACAACUAGUUUCAAUGGGUUUUACUAAUCGUGAAGCAAAUUUACAAGCACUUACGGCAACAAUGGGCGAUGUAAAUGCUGCAGUCGAACGACUUCUUGCCCAAAUCUAA